AUGUAUUCCACACAUACAUAUGGUAAACGAGUCUCUGGUGAUCCUCAUCACACACAUUGUGGCCAACAAGGUAUCACACUUCUUGUGAACCCCACUUGUCCCUACCCAGUCAUGCCUCUGCCUUCCCGCUCUCCCUAUGUCUUUUCUUGCCUUGUCUCCAAAUACCUUAUACAUUGCCUGUAUUUGCCGCCAUCCUUGUCGGAUCAAGAAGUAGCUGCUCUCUUUGAGGGGCCUGAUGCUUUGGAACAAGAUGCCAACACCAUCCUUUGUGGUGAUUUCAAUGCUCGAAGUCAAGCCCUGCUUGGUGACACUGCUACCUACACUCGUGGUUCGUGGCUGCAUGAAUUCAUCCUGUCCAAUGGAUUGCACUGCUGGAAUGCGCUUUUGGCGUAUGGUGUCCCUACCCUUUCUUCACCAAGUCGGUUGGACAAUGCUCAAGUUGGGCAUACAUCGUGGAAUAGUAUUGUUGAUCUGAUCAUCAGCUACUCCCCCCUUCUUGAACCUACCAUCACUACGGCCCAACUGAUGUUCUCAUGA